AUGGAGUCGAUCGCGAAUAAGAAGGUUUGCUAUUAUUACGAUGUAUUAUUGCGUAUUGUUCUCGCUCAUUUACUUUUACUUCUUCGCCAAGGCGAUAUCGGUAACUAUUACUACGGACAAGGCCAUCCGAUGAAGCCCCAUCGCAUCCGCAUGACUCAUAAUCUCCUUCUCAACUACGGUCUAUAUCGAAAAAUGGAGGUUUAUCGACCUGCCAAGGCAAAUCAAGAAGACAUGACAAAGUUUCAUAGUGAUGAGUACAUUAAUUUCCUUCGCUCAAUACGUCCUGACAAUAUGGUGGAUUAUACUAAGCAAAUGCAACGCUUUAAUGUUGGAGAAGAUUGUCCCGUUUUUGACGGUCUCUUUGAAUUCUGCCAACUUUCUGCUGGUGGAUCAGUUGCUGGUGCAGUAAAAUUAAACAAGCAGCAAACCGACAUUGCCAUCAAUUGGGGUGGUGGACUUCAUCAUGCCAAAAAGUCUGAGGCCUCUGGGUUCUGUUAUGUUAACGACAUUGUGAUGGGCAUUCUGGAGUUGCUUAAGUACCACCAACGUGUUCUUUAUGUGGAUAUUGAUAUUCAUCAUGGUGAUGGUGUUGAGGAGGCCUUUUAUACAACCGAUCGUGUGAUGACAGUUAGUUUCCAUAAGUAUGGUGAAUAUUUCCCUGGAACUGGUGAUCUUAAAGAUAUUGGCGCUGGUCGUGGCAAACAUUUCGCUGUCAACUGCCCACUUCGUGAUGGCAUGGAUGAUGAAUGUUACCAGGGGAUUUUCAGACCAGUUAUCUCUAAGGUUAUGGAGACGUUUCGUCCUGGUGCUGUUGUCCUUCAGUGUGGUGCUGAUUCUCUCAGCGGGGACCGUCUUGGGUGCUUCAAUCUAAGUCUUAGGGGUCAUGGAAAGUGUGUUGAGUUCUUGCGUUCUUUUGAUGUUCCUCUUCUUAUGCUUGGUGGGGGUGGCUAUACUAUUCGCAAUGUUGCACGUUGCUGGACUUAUGAAACCUCAAUUGCUCUCAAUACCGAAAUACCAAAUGAUCUGCCUUAUAAUGACUACUAUGAGUACUUUGGUCCCGAAUUCAAGCUUCAUAUUAGUCCUAGCAACACGCCUAAUAUGAAUUCUCCUGAGUACAUCGAUCGGGUUAAGAGCAAGCUGUUUGAAAACCUCAGAAUGCUUCCUCAUGCGCCCAGUGCUCCAAUGAUUGACAUCCCUCCUGAUGCUGUUGACGUAGAGGAGCAGGAAAAGGAAGCGAUUGAAAACGAGGAUCCUGAUAAGCGUAUCUCUAUUAUGGCUUCUGAUAAAUCCACUCACAAAGACAAUGAAUACUACGAUUCGGGUGAGGAAGACGGUGUUGGUUUGUCGGUUCCUCCAAAAGGUACAAAGACCUCCAAGGACGUCCAGUCCUAUCGUUCUGCACCCAAGCGUCCUCGUGUUGAAUGUGGUGACAGUAGUGCGAUGGACGUUGAUGAGAGUGGAAAGGAAAGUGGUGCUGGUGAUGAUUGCAAUAAUGAAGGUUCAUCAACAGCUGAAUCAAAUAAUGCGGCAGCUUUGUAA